UCGCUGCAUCUCAGCCUGCUACCCCAGACGUUCUAUGUGAUCCAGCUAAAACCUGGGGAAGCGAUCCCUGAUAAAUUCCUGUCACAGUUGGGGAGCAGCAAUAGCACAGCUCUGUUCUCUAUUACCAAGAACGUAGACGAAACUACCGUGGUGGGCGAAUAUGACUCAAAGGCGGAUAUUCCAGAGACAUACGCAGAUUGGAGAUGCAUCAAGAUAGCUGGACCGAUGGAUUUCGGGCUGGUCGGUGUCAUAUGCAGUUUCACCAUGCCUCUCAAGGCGGCAGGGGUACCAGUUUUCGCCAUUUCCACAUGGAACACGGACUAUAUUUUGAUUCCCAGAGAUAAAAUUGAGAUUGCAAAGAGGGCCCUAGAGGACGAUGGCUGGACGUUCACGCAGUAG